AUGCCGAAGAGCGGAAAAAACAGUUGCGAUAUCGGAUGUAAAGAUGAGGAGUUGAAGAGCGAGUUGCGACAUGUGAUCGAGCUGAUGGGGCCAGAAACCCCUCAAAUUACGAGCGCCAUCGUCAACGAGGUCAGCGAAACGAAAUUCCUGAAGAAUUUUCAGAAUACGCAUUCUCUGAAUACGCCUCGCGAUGUUUCCGAGAUGUCUUCGUUUCCAACGGAUAGCGUUGAGGUUUAUUUGGAGCCGAAGCCUUGCCGAUGCGUUUGCGAUCUGAACGCUGAACAGGAGGUGAUGAAUCGGCAAGUUAAGGAGAUGGGAAAUAGCGCGCUGACGAAGAUCUCCAGUUUCUUUAAGAUGAAGAGCUCGACUAAGGAAUGCGAGCGACCGAUAGAUUUGUAUAGGAUUAAUAUUUUGCAACCACCGGAUGAAAGCAGUCCUCCCAAGAGGGUGAUCUUUGAUCGUCUGGAGGAAAUGCCGAGGCCGUGUUGCACGAACGCAGCUACAAAUACCAGCGUCUGUAUGAGUCUGAAGAAACAGAAGAUGUCCCAGAAUAGUACUCCCGUGUAUUGGAACAAGAGUGUGUACGGUAACUCUGGAAUACCUCAGGAUCGUUCCUGCGAGAGCAACUCGUUGACGAAUAUCCUGAUGAAGCACAAGUCCCGGAAUUCCCAGAAGCAAACGUUCUACAGCGAACUGAAGAAGGAUCAACUGCCGCCGCACGUCGAUAACAUCAGAGACAUGGCGCGCGUGGACGUGUACUAUUUUGACCACGGAAACGCGGCUUAUUUUCAGACCACGGAUUCUCCACCACUGAUAAUGACUGAGAUCCUGGCAGAGAAGACUGAGCACUACACGACGCGCUUCUGGGCCGAGUUCUUCGGAUCCAUACACAUCGGAUUCUCCUUCCUCACGUCCUUCGUCCUACAAUUCAUCAGAUUCAUUCUGUCCAGCUUGGUGAGACCGCUGACCGUCGGUUUAGCGCAACUGAUCUCCGAUUACUGCCUGAAACCGCUCCUCGCGACCCUCUUCAAUGCCGUCCUUCAGCCACCCCUGAUCUUCACCUACAACGUGGCCACUUCCGUGAGGGACAUUUGCCAACCUCUGGCCGAGGGCAUCGGGUUCUUUCUGCGGGAAAUCGCGGCGCUGAUCAGAGCCCUCAGGUGUUUCGAGUACCGAAAAGACACGAAUCUUUGCAGCAACUGCAAGCAACCUCCAACUGCCACUUCCACCGUCGAAUCCGACCUCUCCAAGGCAUCUGCUGAUAAGUAAAAAAAAUAACA